AUGCAUGUCACAGUCUUCAGCCUGCACCAGGCCAGCUGCUCUGCGGUGCCAACACAUACGCGAAUCCAACGACAAUUCAAUGCAUAUGCCGACCUGUUUCCAAAUGACUUUUGCUAUUCUCAGUACUGUAGUAUUUUAAUAAAAUGCCAGCGAAGCACCGCUUAUGAUAAUAGCUUCUCGCAUGUUAUUAUUAUGCCGCGACACUUCGAUGGUGCAGAUGGCGCGGGUAUUCUUGUUUGGUAUGCCGUCUCAUCAAGCAAGUACUCUGACCUACCUUGUGAAUUGCGAACACCGUCUGGGAAUUUACAUACUGGAACUUCAGACGUGACCGGCAUUGAUGCAUGCACCGGCUGCAACGUGUCGCGCAUGCCACUUGACUGCAGCGCCAGCUCCAGCUUCUUCGCGAUGGCGCAAUGA